AUGACUGAUAAUAUUGAAAUAGGUCAAUAUGUAUUAAUCAGAUUACCGUCUGAAGGUGUGAGGAUAUUCAAAUUACAAGAAAAUGGUAGAAUUGGUCUUGGUAAAUUUGGUUCUUUUGAUGUUUCAAGUAUUUUAGGAUUCCCACUUGGAACGGCAUUUGAAAUUAUAAAUGAUCAUAAAGUUAAACCAAUUCAUAGUAUUUCUGAAUUAAAUAUAGAUGAAGAAACAGAUACAAAUAUUCAAAAACAAGAAUUAACUAAAUUUUUCUCAUCAAGUGCUGAAAAUAAUCAAAAUAUAAUAGAUAUAGGUUCCAAAAUUCAAGCAUUAACAAAUGAAGAUAUUGAAGAAUUGAAAACUUCUGGUGCUACUUCAAAUAUUGGACAAGUUAUAAUAGAGAAAAUGAUAGCUGGUCAUGAAGGAUUUGAUAAAAAGACUAUAUUUUCACAACAAAAGUAUCUAAAAAGAAAACAACAAAAAUUUUUAAGAAGAUUCAUUGUGGAGUAUCUUGGGUCAAGUCAGUUACUUGAAUCUUUCUUAGAAAAAGAUCAUUCUAAAACUUUUGACUUAUCCAUUGAGACACUUGGAUUAAUGAUGUCGUAUGGGAAUGUAAAACCAGGUGGUAGAUAUUUAGUAGUUGAUGAAACUGGAGGAAUAUUGACUUAUGCAUUAUUAGAAAGAAUGGGAUAUGAAGGUACUAUAGUAUUUGUACAUGAAAAUGAACAUGCAAAUUUAGCUGCAUUAAAGUACUGUAAUAGAUCAAAUGAAAUUGAUAAUAUAGUGAAACCUAUAAAUUGGUUGCAAUUUGCUGAACCAGAAAACGAACGAGAAAAAUGGGAAGAUAAAACUGAAGAAGAAGUUAGAAAAUUAAAACAUCCUGAAUCAUAUCAUAGACGUCGUGAAAGAGUAUUGAAAACUAAUGAAGUUAUAGAUUUAAUUGAAGAAGCCAAUUUUGAUGGUUUCUUUGCAAUAUCGACAUUAUAUUUACCUGAAAUAUUUGAACUAAUAAUACCGAAAAUUGGUGGAUCAAGACCAAUUGUAAUAUAUAAUCAAUUUAAAGAAAAUUUAAUGGAAAUACAAAGUUUAUUAAAUAAAGAUAAUAGAGUAUUGGCACCAAUGUUGAUCGAAACUAGAGCAAGACCAUAUCAAACAAUACCAGGUAGAAUGCAUCCAGUAAUGACAAUGAAAUCUGGUGGGGGUUAUGUAUUUUACGGUACAAGAGUAUUUCCAAGUGAAUCAAUUCAAGCUGUUGGUAAAGGUGUGAAAAGAAGAAGAGUAAAUAAUGAAACAGCUUCACCAGAAGGAACACCAGAGCUUAAAAAGGAGAAAGAAGAAAAAAUAGAGUCAACUCCAGAGGUAAUUAUGGAAUCAUAG